CAAUACUUCACUAGCUCUAGAUUCAAAGCAUCCGACUCUACAAAACAUCUAAAAUGGCUUCAAUGGUAAAGGUCCUGUCCGUAUGUCUGUGUCUCAUUGUCUGUGUUGCACUGGAAGUCAAAGCCCAAACCACUGAUCGCACUUCGGAGUUUCAAGCCCUCUGUGAUAGAUACAGAACGGUGAUGAACGACUGUGAAGAAAGACUUCUAGAGGUGGUGACUGCCGAUGAGCUGGCUUUGGUGAAUUUAGUCGAACAAAAUAAGGUGUGUUUGGAAGAGGAAGGUGAAACGAAAUUUACGGAUGCUUGUGAGAUCUUGGAAGAAGUCUGUAUCCGAGUUGUGUCCUGCCCUGCUACAGCUCGUUAUAGACGUUCCUCCUCUGUUUCUGCUGAAUCAACAUCCGUUGAGUCUAGUGAAACAGACUAAGAAGUUCAUCGUCAUCACAUGACACAGG